CCGCCUGGAAGCAUGAACUGGCAGCGGAGGUGCUGCUCCUCGCCGCCGCCUCCCCGCCGGUGAGAGCGAGGAGGGAAGGAAGAUGGGGGCCGUCCUGCGCAGCCUACUUGCCUGCAGUUUUUGUUCCCUGAUGAGAGCUGCCCCGCUGUUGCUGUACGCGAACCGACGUGAUCUGCGACUGGUGGAUGCUGCAAAUGGAAAGGAGAAUGCCACAGUGAUUGUGGGUGGCUUAGAGGACGCAGCAGCAGUGGACUUCGUGUUUGUAAAGGGGUUGAUAUACUGGAGUGAUGUCAGUGAAGAAGCCAUUAAACGAACAGAAUUCAAUAAAUCUGGGAGUGUACAAAAUGUGGUCAUUUCUGGACUUCUGUCACCUGAUGGGCUGGCAUGUGACUGGCUGGGAGAGAAAUUAUACUGGACAGAUUCUGAAACAAAUCGGAUUGAAGUUUCUAAUUUAGACGGAUCACUGAGAAAAGUCUUGUUUUGGCAAGAAUUGGAUCAACCCAGAGCAAUUGCCUUAGAUCCUGCAAGAGGGUUCAUGUAUUGGACCGACUGGGGAGAAGUGCCAAAGAUAGAACGUGCUGGGAUGGACGGUUCAAGCCGCUCCAUUAUAGUUAACACAGACAUAUAUUGGCCAAAUGGACUGACGUUGGAUUAUGAGGAACAGAAACUUUAUUGGGCAGAUGCUAAACUGAAUUUCAUCCACAAAUCAAAUCUGGAUGGAAGUCAUAGGCAAGCAGUGGUUAAAGGCUCCCUUCCACAUCCUUUUGCUUUGACGCUGUUUGGGGACACGUUGUACUGGACUGACUGGAACACGCAUUCGAUCUUGGCCUGCAGCAAGCACUCCGGGGAGGACCUGCGUGAAAUACAUUCCAACAUCUUCUCUCCCAUGGAUAUCCAUGCUUUCAGCCAAAAGAGGCAGCCAAAUGCUACAAAUCCAUGUGGAAUUAAUAAUGGUGGCUGCUCCCACUUGUGUUUGAUGUCUCCUACCAAGCCCUCUUAUCAGUGUGCAUGUCCCACUGGUGUGAAACUUCUUGAAAAUGGAAAGACCUGCAAAGAUGGUGCCACUGAACUGCUGCUUCUAGCCCGCCGGACAGAUUUGAGGCGAAUUUCCUUAGACACCCCAGAUUUUACAGACAUUGUUUUGCCACUAGAGGACAUCCGUCAUGCCAUCGCCAUUGACUUUGAUCCUCUGGAAGGAUACAUCUAUUGGACCGAUGACGAAGUUAGGGCCAUCCGCCGCUCAUUCAUCGAUGGGUCAGGUAGUCAGUUUGUUGUCACAGCACAGAUCGCACAUCCUGAUGGCAUUGCUGUGGACUGGGUUGCCCGAAACUUGUAUUGGACUGACACUGGCACAGACCGUAUUGAAGUUACAAGGCUUAAUGGGACCAUGAGAAAAAUCUUGAUAUCAGAAGACCUGGAAGAACCCAGAGCUAUUGUGCUGGAUCCCAUGGUUGGGUACAUGUACUGGACUGACUGGGGAGAAAUCCCAAAGAUCGAGAGGGCAGCAUUAGAUGGCUCAGACAGAAUUGUGCUGGUGAAUACCUCGCUUGGCUGGCCAAAUGGACUGGCAUUGGAUUAUGCAGAAAGCAAAAUAUACUGGGGAGAUGCCAAAACGGACAAAAUAGAGGUCAUGAAUGCUGACGGAACUGGGAGAAGAGUUCUGGUGGAGGACAAGCUGCCUCAUAUCUUUGGAUUCACGUUAUUGGGAGACUACGUUUAUUGGACAGACUGGCAAAGACGCAGUAUUGAACGUGUGCAUAAGCGCACGGCAGAGAGAGAGAUCAUCAUAGAUCAACUGCCUGAUCUAAUGGGCCUGAAAGCUACAAACGUCCACCAGAUAAUUGGUACAAACCCUUGUGCAGAGGAUAAUGGCGGCUGCAGCCAUCUUUGUCUGUACAGACCACAAGGCCUUCGCUGCGCUUGCCCUAUAGGCUUAGAGCUCAUCAAUGACAUGAAGACCUGUAUCGUCCCAGAAGCUUUCCUGCUGUUUUCUCGGAGAGCAGAUAUCAGACGAAUCUCUUUAGAAACAAACAACAACAACGUUGCUAUUCCACUCACCGGAGUCAAGGAAGCUUCUGCUCUGGAUUUUGAUGUGACAGACAAUCGGAUUUACUGGACUGACAUUUCGCUGAAGACCAUCAGCAGAGCGUUUAUGAAUGGCAGUGCACUGGAACACGUUGUGGAGUUUGGCUUGGAUUACCCCGAAGGCAUGGCUGUGGAUUGGCUGGGGAAGAACUUGUAUUGGGCUGAUACUGGAACAAAUCGUAUAGAAGUGUCAAAGCUGGAUGGACAGCAUCGCCAAGUGCUGGUGUGGAAAGAUCUCGACAGUCCCCGGGCACUGGCAUUGGACCCUGCUGAGGGGUUUAUGUACUGGACUGAAUGGGGUGGUAAGCCAAAAAUUGAUAGAGCUGCUAUGGAUGGCAGUGAGCGGACUACUUUGGUACCAAAUGUGGGACGUGCUAAUGGCCUGACUAUUGAUUAUGCUAAAAGACGACUGUACUGGACUGACCUUGAUACCAACCUGAUAGAAUCCUCCAACAUGCUAGGCCUUGACCGUGAGAUUAUAGCUGAUGACUUGCCUCACCCAUUCGGCUUGACUCAGUAUCAGGAUUACAUUUACUGGACAGACUGGAGCCGACGUAGCAUUGAACGAGCCAACAAGACCAGUGGCCAGAACCGAACUAUCAUCCAAGGGCAUUUGGAUUACGUUAUGGACAUCUUGGUCUUCCAUUCCUCCAGGCAGGCAGGCUGGAAUGAGUGUGCCUCUAGCAAUGGUCACUGCUCUCACCUGUGCUUAGCAGUCCCUGUUGGUGGUUUUGUCUGUGGCUGCCCAGCUCACUAUUCCUUGAACUCUGACAACAGGACUUGUAGUGCUCCUACAACCUUUCUGUUGUUCAGUCAGAAGAAUGCAAUUAAUCGCAUGGUGAUAGAUGAGCAGCAGAGUCCAGAUAUCAUACUCCCUAUCCAUAGUCUCAGGAACGUUCGAGCCAUCGAUUACGACCCCCUGGAUAAACAACUGUACUGGAUUGAUUCUCGGCAGAACAUCAUCCGGAAGGCACAGGAAGACGGCAGCCAGAGCCUCACUGUUGUGACAAGUCCAGUUCCCAAUCAGAACCUAGAUAUGCAGCCUUAUGACCUGAGCAUUGACAUCUACAGCCGCUAUAUCUAUUGGACCUGUGAAGCUACUAAUGUGAUCAAUGUGACACGCCUGGAUGGGAGACCCAUGGGAGUGGUGCUCAAAGGAGAUCAAGAUAGGCCCAGGGCCAUUGUGGUGAAUCCAGAGAAAGGAUACAUGUAUUUCACCAACCUACAGGAAAGGUCUCCUAAAAUUGAGAGAGCAGCAUUGGAUGGAACUGAACGAGAGGUCCUUUUUUUCAGUGGUUUGAGCAAGCCCAUAGCCUUAGCUAUUGACAGCCAGCUAGGCAAGUUGUUCUGGGCUGAUUCAGACCUGCGGAGAAUUGAAAGCAGUGACCUUUCAGGUGCUAACCGGAUCGUUUUGGAAGACUCUAAUAUCUUGCAGCCUGUGGGACUAACUGUAUUUGAAAACUGGCUGUAUUGGAUUGACAGGCAACAGCAGAUGAUUGAAAAGAUUGAUAUGACUGGUCGAGAAGGACGUACAAAGGUCCAAGCUCGUAUUGCACAACUCAGUGACAUCCAUGCUGUGAAAGAGCUCAACAUUCAGGAAUACAGACAACAUCCUUGUUCUCAAGAUAACGGUGGCUGCUCGCACAUUUGCAUCGUGAAGGGCGAUGGCACCACGCGCUGCUCUUGCCCAGUCCACCUUGUUCUGCUGCAGGAUGAGCUGUCCUGCGGAGAACCACCAACAUGCUCCCCUCAGCAGUUCACCUGUUUCACAGGUGAGAUUGACUGCAUCCCAGUGGCCUGGCGCUGUGAUGGUUUCACUGAAUGUGAGGACCACAGUGACGAAAAGAACUGCCCGGUGUGCUCAGACACCCAGUUCCAGUGUGAAAGUGGACAGUGCAUAGACAGUGCCCUCCGGUGCAAUGGAGAAGCAAAUUGCCAGGACAACUCGGAUGAGAAGAACUGCGAAGUGCUUUGUUUAACCGAUCAGUUCCGCUGUGCCAGUGGGCAGUGCAUCGGGAAAAGCAAGAAAUGUGAUCACAACCUGGACUGCAGUGACAGCUCAGAUGAGCAAGGAUGCUACACCACAGAAGAGCCUGCGCCACAACCCAACAACACAAUAGGCUCCAUCAUUGGUGUGAUCCUUACCGUUUUUGUGGUUGGAGCAAUGUACUUCAUCUGCCAGAGGGUGCUGUGCCCACGCAUGAAGGGAGACGGGGAAACAAUGACCAAUGAUUACGUGGUGCAUGGACCAGCCUCUGUACCUCUUGGUUAUGUGCCUCACCCAAGCUCUUUGUCAGGGUCUCUUCCUGGGAUGUCUCGAGGUAAAUCUGUGAUCAGCUCCCUCAGCAUUAUGGGAGGGAGCAGUGGGCCACCCUAUGACAGGGCCCAUGUCACUGGAGCCUCUUCCAGUAGUUCUUCAAGUACCAAAGGCACUUACUUUCCUCCAAUUUUGAACCCACCACCAUCACCAGCUACUGAACGUUCACAUUAUACCAUGGAAUUCGGUUAUUCUUCAAACAGCCCAUCCACUCAUAGAUCCUACAGCUACCGGCCUUACAGCUACAGGCAUUUUGCACCUCCAACGACGCCCUGCAGCACGGAUGUCUGUGACAGUGACUAUGCGCCCAGCCGAAGGGUCACAGCAGCGACAGCCAAGGGCUAUACCAGUGACUUGAACUAUGAUUCAGAGCCCGUCCCCCCGCCACCCACUCCACGCAGCCAGUACCUGUCAGCGGAGGAGAACUACGAAAGCUGCCCGCCUUCCCCAUACACGGAGCGGAGCUACUCGCACCAUCUCUAUCCGCCGCCGCCAUCCCCCUGCACGGACUCCUCAUGAGGGGUAGCCCCCCCGCCCCGUUAUCUGCC